AUGUGGCAGGUUGUUCCUUUUCAAAUGGAACAGCUCUCAGAUAUCAUGUGUAUGUUAAAAGGCCCAAAACACGAAAAGCUUCAUUAUAAAGCUGAAGGUAUAGUUGCCACAGUAACUUCUGUCAACGAUAAGAAGGCAGUGGAUGAUAAAAACGCCGAAGAACGUAGACAUAAUUUAGUAAUGGAAAAGGAAGCAUGGAAAGCAGCUACUACAAAAGAUUCGGGAGUGGCAGAUAUAUUAGGUACAGUUAAAGAAUUUGGAAAACGAUUUGGGGAAGAAACCAAGAAAACUGUUAAACAAGGAUUAAAUAAAUUAAUAGAUAAUAUUGAUACAGGAGAAAUGCCAUAG